AUGGUGGAAAUUCGCCAAGAGAUCGACUCCGACCGAAAUGAACUAUUUCAAAUCCAUCAGGAUGCGUUUCAACGUGAUGAUGAAGCACAACUAGUAGACAAACUUCGACAAAACGUACAGUACAACUUCAAUUUAUCAUUUAUUGCCUUAGUAAAAAAGAAGAUCGUCGGACAUCUUUUGUUCACCCCAUUACAAAUCAAUUAUCCGACCAGUGGUAAAUCAAUCACAAGUCUUGCACUUGCACCCAUUUCCAUCUUGAGUGAUUAUCAAAGACAAGGGAUAGGAAGUAAACUAAUCGAAUAUGCAUUGCAUGAAUUGAAAGCACAGGGUUACUCGUCGGUGAUUGUCCUCGGUCACGAGCAUUAUUAUCCAAAAUUCGGUUUUCUACCCGCGAAAAAGUAUCAUAUCCGUGCUCCUUUUCCACUUGCAAAUGAGGAUUGCUUUUUGGCACUAGAAUUGGAAGCUCAGGCGUUACCUUUACAUGAUGGAGAAGCUACAGUGCAAUAUUUGUCAGAAUUUGGAAUAUAA